GAGUUUGGAGGAGCACGUGAAGGCAGCAGCAACGAUUAACCGCCCCCACUGCUGCCGAACAGGAGCUAUGAAGAAGCAGCCGGUGCUACAGUCUGUGGGCUAAGUUUGUCCGCCCUGGCUUUUUUUCGCUAUUCAACGGGGCUUUGUUUCAUUGAUGAACAAGACCGUCGGUUUCGUAUACAAUUCACAACAGAAGUAGAGGCGUUAGAAACGGUCAAGCACGUUCUUAACACUUUGGAUAAUUUGUAGAGAGACAAAAAGAAGAAGAGGGGAAGUGCGACGGAGUGGACAAAGUUGACACUUCGCUGUCAUGUUUGGUACUGUAGCUACUUGUUGAAUAGGCUGUGUGUAACUUUACAUACACAACACUGGAGCCUGUGUGUGCAACGUGCCGGGGAACAGGGUCUUCUGUAUCACCAUGAGGCUGUGACACAACCGGGACAAUGAUGGCAGAGCUGGAAAUUGACCAGUCCAACCUUCCACGUGUCCGAGAAGUGUGCGAGUGUUUUGCUGUGCUGGAGGAUGGAGUGUUGGCACACAACCUGCAGGAACAGGAGAUCGAGCAAUACUAUACCACCAACAUCCAGAAGAACCAGCUAGUGCAGAAUGACAUCCGUGUAGCGAAAAGGCUGCAGGAUGAGGAGGAAGAGGAGCAGGCCCAGCAGAGCACCCUCCUCAGACAGGCCUCCAGACAACUAGAGGAGGAAGACUUUGAAUAUGCCCGUGUAAUUCAGGAGGAGAUCCAGCGUUGUGCCGAGGAGGCCCGGAGGAGGGAGCAGGAAGAUGAGGAAAUAGCUAAACGAAUGCAGGAAGAGGAGGAGCAGAGAAUCAUGAGGAGGAGCCAUAGUGAAGGCAGCGCCAGGGAGCCUGCCCUGCCAUCCCCACUCAGCAGCAGCCUUCACCAACGAGAGAAGCAGUACCCUUCUACCACCACCAGGUGGCAAUGGCCUACUUCUCACAACCAUUCAGACUUAACAAGGCCUCAGGCUGACUCCCCCAGGGGGGUAGCAGCUCAGAGAAACACAAGUGCAUGGUCAAAUCAAGGACACACAGAUUCCAUAAGGGAAAUCAGGAGUGAAUUGGGAGAGCGUUUGAGUGAGGAUUCAGAGGACUCGGACACGGUUUUCUCUGAACAGCUCUCUAUCAGGUCCCAGAGACUGAAUGAAAGGCUCAACACAGCACCUCCUCGGCGCCAGGCAUCUUUACAUCAGCCGCAAGAGAGAAACUACACAGGUGUUAGCUCUCGCAGCAGCUUUACAGAGGAGAGAGGAGAGUGGAAUGAGGACUUUUAUGAAAAUGGGGACUUAGAGAGGAGGAAGCCUAGGAAUUGGGAUCAGGAAAGGAACCAUGGAGAGGAGUAUCAGGGUUUGCACAGGAACAGAGAUCAGGAUAGAGACCGGAGGUUAGUUGAAGUAAGAGAAAGGCGAUGUAGUCGUAGUGAAUCUGUCAGGCUACCUGACAGGAGUAAACACAGCAACAGAGACUUGGCGCGGACCUGGAGCUAUAAGGACAACCCCGACAAGCAUGUCCAUUUUCAGGACCACACCAGGAGCUCUAACAGGCAACAGGGGGAAACCACACGAGUCUGGGAGAUGCUGGGCCAGGUCCUCAGAGAGAGGGGCGUGCCUGUGAGGUUUGGCGUCAACGGGGCACCACUACAAAUAAGGCCUCAAAGCAGAGACAGCCAGGUGCUUCAUGGGAGUGAGGUCUCCUGCAGCGACUCCCAACCACAUCAGAGGGUCUUCCAGAGAGCUGCCACCACCAGGCACAGUUUCCAUGGAGACAUCAGGGAGAGGAGGAGACUGUCAUACCAAGAGAACAGUAGGAGAGAUCACAGAGAAGACGGAGACGGGCACCGUAAUAAUGUGGAGCGUGAUGGCAAGGUUGAUGAGAUGAAUAGAGACCUGUAUCUUGCUAACAGAGACGGGGGAGGCAGUAGAAGGUGGAGAGGGCACAGGUACACUAACGAUGACGAGAGGGAGAGGAAUGCGAAUCAUUGCAGGGUCAAGAGGACAACAAGAGAACGCAGGCAUUGGCACCAGAAGAACAUAGAAGAAAGGUUAAGCUCAGAGGAGGAGCAGGAGGCGGAGAGGAGAGUAGAGCUGCCCCAUCGAAAAGCCCCACAGCGUAGCCAAAGCCUCAGCAGCAGAAGCCGCAGGGCUUCAACCAGGGAUAGGUCAAGGCGCCUGGCAGCAGGAGCGUCACUGCAACCAGAGCCAGGCGAGACAAGCCUGGACCUGGGGGAGCUGCGGCAGGUCCUGCAGGAUGAGGAACUGGCUCACAAGCUGCAGGAGGAAGAGGAAAAGCUGUUGAGGAGGAACUCUCGGCCCUCGCCAUGCAGUUCUUACCCAGAGGGAGACUUCAGAGUAGCACAAGUGGCGCAGGAUGAGGAAAUUGCACGCUUUAUGCAGAAGCAGGAAAUUAAGUCAAAGCGAAGAUCUCGUGAGCUAGAAGGGCCGGCAUCGUGGCGCGAGCACAGAGCGAUGAUCAGUCAUCAUGACCGACGGGCUGCAGGAGACCAACCGGUCCAACGAGAGAGGCUUGACUCAGAGGGACUUCCUUCCCCCACUGAGGAGUGCUCCCCAGAGAACCAGCCACCCAGCCCAUUCUCCACUAUGCCACAAGCCCAGCAGAUCAGAAACAUUGCGGAGGAGCUGGACCCGACCUUCCAGGCCAGAAGGGAAAGCACAGAGGGCCUCCGAGUGGGACAAGCAGGUCCAGCCUGUGAGACCCUUCCCAUGCCACAUUCUGGCUUGCAUGACUUACUCGAGGAGCCUACUUUCAUCCCACCCACAAAACGGCAAAUGGACAAAUCAGGACGCACUAAACUCAAAGAGAAGAAGGAAAAUUGCAAGCAACAAUAAUUUUCCACACAUUGUGCUGUUGGAGUGCAUCACAUCUAUAUAUUUUAUAACACUAAAUAUAAGUUCAGCUACAGAGCUCUUAUUAGUUUAAGAUUACAAGAAUAUAGUUCUCUCUACCAGCCACCCCUACUAGCACUUUAGACCAGUGGAACAGAGUGAAUUGAGAGAAGUGACAUUUUAUAUUUCUUCAUGAAGUGAAUAAUGACAACACUUUGGACUCAUGCCUUUUUAUAAUUUUCAAAGGGAAGUUGUUGAAAUCUUCACUGUUAAUUAUAUUUUUAUUAUAUUUGAAACUUUUUAUGUUUGUUUUUAUUUAGUUGAUGUGUCAAGAGUCCAUCCAUUAUCUAUAAUCGCUUCAUGUUAUUUCAUUUGACAUUUUGGAUGCUCUUUGGUGGAGGCACGGUGGUGCAGUGGUUAGCACUGAUGCCCCACAGCAUUAAGGGAAGUAAAACCAAAGCUGUAGGGUGGGGGCAAUCAAAAAUGUCAAAUGACAAAACAAAAAGUUAUUUUGAUUACCUUUUAACCCUGACGUGGUUUUAGGACAAGCUACUUUAAGACAUCCACUUUCAGAGUGGCUAUCAACUUAGUUUCAAAGCAGUUUGGCAGGGCUCCAGCAAUGUUUACAAUGGUACAAUGACAAUCACAUUAACUUGUUUUAACCUUAUUAAAUGGAAAUCCCAUUUGAAAAAACAUAUUGCAACAAUCCUCAACGUAUGUUCAAUUGUUUGAGUGUCAUAUCCAGAUAUUAAUAAACCUCUGGGAGCAGUAUAUGUAACAAACUAAUCUAAGAUCAAAGAUCCACUUACAGUACUAGCUUUUUGGAGGUUUCAACUGCAUCUCAGUCAUUUUAGGUCUCCCCCUAUAUACAACAACUUAUCACAUGACUACAUUCCCAUACAUGGGUCACAUGACGACACCUGAACCAUCCCCAUUCGCUGACUGAAGACCGAUGCAGUUGAAAAAGCUUCAAUAAACUUGUAAGUGGACCUUUUUAAACUUACAUUACUUGAUCCAUACCCAACUGAUGUUUAUGUAUUUUUUGCCAGGUGGGCUUUUAUCAAUCAGUACCAUUAUCCAUUUUACAGAAUACUAAAAAAAACCUUAUUUUUACGCACAUAUAACCAGUUAUUGGUCUCACUUGUUGUCUUUGUUUUUUUUUUUUUUUUUAUGUUCCUAUUACUCCCACAUUUUAAACCUCCUUUUGUUGUUUCGUUUGUUUUUUACAGAUGAAAUAUGCCACUGCAGGUGGACCACUAUGAAUGCAAUUGUUCUGUAUGAAAGUACAACAAAUAAAAUAUAAUCACAUUUUUA